AUGGAAGAAACCUGCAAAGCAUGCAAUGAGCCUCUCAUCCUGAACAUCGACGCCGAGGCGUCCGAGUCGGGCGACGAGGAGGCGCAACCACACCAACAGGAAGAAGAAAAAGAGAUAGUCGAAGACGAUCUCGAGCUCCCGUGCGGCUGCCACUUCCACUGGCAGUGCCUGAUGGACUCGGCGCCGCAGGUGGCGCUGUCGCUCAAGUGCCCCUCGUGCGACGGGUUCCUGCCUUCCAACGCGCCGGGGUCGUCGUCGGCGACCAACGCGUUCCGGCGCGCGAGCCAGGCAGUGACCAUCCUGACGCGCUACGUCAACGAGGGCGGCGUCGAGGACGGGCUCGACAUCCUGCCGGCGCUGACCGAGGAGGCGUUCCUGGCCGAGCACCCCGAGGCCCGGCCCGCGCGCGCCCUGCACACCAUGGCGGCCGAGGGCGACGUGGUCGGCAUCGUCAGCCUGGUGAAGGACGUCGACGCCGACAGCGCGCAGUCCGAUGCCGUCGUCGGCGCCAGCGUCGUGAGGCUCCUAGCGUGGUCAGAUCCGCUUAACGAGAACCGGAGCGCACUGCACAUCGCUGUCGAGGCACAGCAGGUCGAGGUGUUUUGGCUCCUGAUGUGGCUCGCAAGCGGGCUGCCGACCGCUGUGUUCCCCCAGGGCGCCGCGCAGGCUGCUGAUGGUUUGGGAGUCGCUUCGGUUAGACCAGGACUUCAAGUCCCGCGAGCCGAGGACGUAAGAUUUGUCAAAGAUGGAAUGGGGCGUAGCGUAUUAGACGUGUGCUUGGCUCAAGGAUCGCCGUGGACUCGUUUUGUUGAAGACGGGGUUUUUGACCAAUGA